AUGGAGAAAAUUGAUCGGGUUCCGUGGAGAUUUCUGUUGAACCAUAACACCGCAAGGCCCCGCGCUGUUGUGAAUUUAUGGUUGAUGUGUCACGGUAGAAUAGCCACAAAAGAUAGGCUGAAAAGAUUUGGAAUAAUCAACGAUAGUCAUUAUAGUUUAUAUAACGAAAUUGAGGAAUCUAUUACCCAUCUGUUUUUUGAAUGCAAAAUUACAAAAUCCAAUUGGGAUCAGGUUCUUAAAUGGAUAGAAGUUACACAUGAGCCUAAAGCUUGGGAUGAAGAACUCAAUUGGACUAUCCAAGAAACUGAAAAGAAGGGGUGGAAAGCUAGUCUCCUUAAACUAGCCUUCACUGAAACUCUAUAUGAGGUGUGGAUUAUAGAAAUGAUGAAGUUUUCAAGAACAAUGUGA